AUGUCGUCGGGUACUGUUCACUUCCCCGCCAUUCUUGUAACCGUCACCUGUAAUCCGCGCUGGUGUGUCCGCACCCUGAGUGGACGAGAAAGAAAGGAUUUUUCGGAGACUUCGUUCCAGACCCAGGAGUCAACUUUCCCGUAUGAGCAUUCGAUAGGUCGUCUGAGGGUUCGCCGCGGUUCAUUGCUGUGCUUACACACUAGGCUACCCUUCUCCGAAAGCUCUGCGGGACCACCUACCACUAGUCUUCGGCCGGAGGGGUUUAUUGCAUGCACAAAAACGCCGGGACGCAGGCUCCCGAAGAGGGAAGCCCAACGAAUGUCAGAUGCAAAGCCCCGCACCUCAUUAAGAUCAUAUUGGCAUACUCUCCCAAAAAAAAAAGAGCAGACCCCAUUGAAGACGAGAGUGAGGUACAACAAGGCCAUUUCUGUCCACCGCCCUUCUCACGGAGCCGUACGUGGACGUUACCGCUCAUACAGCUCCCAGCCGGCAAGAGUUAGCCUCCCUCUACAAAGAAUGGAAGUAUGGAUGAAUCGACAUAAAAAAAAUAGAGGAAUUUUCUUUUUCUUUUCAGCAAUAACAUGA